CACAUUGACCGAUCCAACAUGGAGUCCGACCUAGCACAAGCCAACGACCUAGUGCGCCGAAUUCUGUCAGGUACAAGACCCUCAUGUACUUGGCCUACCCGAGACGCAUGUGCAUCCUAGAUGCGUCUUGCAAAGAUAUCACGCAAAAGUCGACGACAACAGCCAUCCAAAACGCCAUCGAGCUGUCGUCGAUGGCUACGACAAUCACAUGCUCGGUCGAGUUGAUAGAUGGUAGCAUUUUCCCUUUUGCAGUCGGCGUAUCUGCUUCCUACGGCACGCUUCUCAAGGCCAUUCAAGGCGUGCUGACGUCGAAACUUCAUGGUCGACAUAUUUCAUGGAAGUACAUGUGGCGGCACUACACGUUGCAAUGCAAUGGAGUUCUGUUGCAUGUCCCCCUCCGGUCCAAAGGUCCGUUUGUCCACCACAUUCCUCACGCCAUGGACGACCAGCAUUUACGAAUUCGCAUCGUGAAGACCCCCCAUGUCAAAUGACCACCUUGUGCUUCAAAGUAACGACGAUCCACAUCGUCUAAAUAGGUAGACUCAGGAACUUCGUCGUCAUGUGUAGCAUUGAUCCUCGCCAGUGGUGGUGGCUAUUAUUCAAUUGUACGGCACUGAGACACCCUGGGAAUGGUCUGACAAAACUUGUGCGCACUUGAAAUGAUUGUCCUCCGACGCUGCCAACCAGUGACUUGGUCCUGCUCUAGGUGCAUAGUUGUCAACAAGGGGAGUUCUCGUUCAAUGAUAAACACUUUUCAAAAUAUACUUCCGACUAAUAGAGGUG